CAGGACUGAGUUUGGAGCGGGUACUGUGAAAUGUGUAACCAUGAUGUUGCCUGGAUAAUCAGCGGAGGACGUUAGGAGACAGAGACCCACAACCAGCUGAAGGCAAGUGAAGCAGGCAGGACAGCCACACCUCAUGCGUGGGCUCAGCAAAGGUCCGAGUGGAUACGGGUCUGACAAACAUGGGUGUGCUCCAGCUCCACAAUCCCACUCACCCCAGCACGCUUCUGCAGCGGGCGAAUCAGAUGCGUCUGACAGGCACCUUAUGUGAUGUCAUCAUCACGGUGGACGGCCAGGAGUUCCCGGCGCACCGCACCGUCCUGGCCUGCACCAGCAAGAUGUUCGAGAUCUUGUUCCACCGCAGCAGCCUGCGCUACGCCCUGGACUUCCUGUCCCCCAAGACCUUCCAGCAGAUCCUGGAGUACGCCUACACUGCGUCCCUCCAGGCCACAGCGGAGGACCUGGAUGACUUGCUGUAUGCUGCAGAGAUCCUGGAGAUCGAGUACCUGGAGGAGCAGUGUCUGAAGGUGCUGGAGACCAUCCAGGCAGAGGAGAGCGAGGAGGUGGCGGUGAGGAAUCACAGCUCUGGAGACCACAGUGACCACAGCCGGGCCAGGCACUGGAGGCACAUGUUGAUGUCCAAGAAGCAUUCCAUACAGGACGGACCCAACCGCACUACUCCCACUGCUCUACACCACCUGGCACUGUAUCACAUGACGGAGAGGAGCUCUCCUGGUCCAGAGCUUGAUGUUGCUCCUGAAUCGAGCCCCAAGGUAGACACGGACGUUGGCAUGGAGAGUUCCCAGCAGCCUCUGCAGCAUAGUGCAGAGUUAUCCCAGGCUUCAUCUCUGGAUCCUGCUAGAAGUAUAAAAUCCGAGAGCAUGCAGGUGGAUGAAGCCAACAGUUGUGAGGGCAGGUCCUCCAGCGCUGGGGAGGGAAGCUGUGUGUCAGAUCAGCCCAGAGACGAGGGCCCGGGGACACCCCUCAGAGGCAGUGUGAUCACCAGUGCCCGAGAGCUGAACACAGGCCCCGAAGACGGAAGACAAGUAGUGGGGAAUUCUCUUGACUGUUUCCCUGGGAUGGCUGAGAAACAUCUGGCCUCCAUAUACACUGUGCCCUCCAACCACACAGGGGAGGGGAUUCUGCCAGUGUCCGUUUCAGUGGCCCCGUCCCUGGGCGUGCCACUGGACCCGAGGGCCUACAGCGGUCUGCUGCACCAAGGCUUAUUGCACAGAGAGCUCCUCAGCAGGCUGGGCCAGUUUGCAGCAGGGAUGAGGCACGAGGGCCAGACUCAAGGCCAGCAGUGUUGUGGCGAAUGCGGGCUUCAGCUGCACAGCAGGCAGGCCAUGGAGCAGCACAGGAGGCUGCAUAACGAGGAGAAGGGCCACGGCUGUGAAUACUGUGGCAAACACUUCCAGGACAGCAUGCGGCUAAGGAUGCACAUGCUGUCUCACACAGCUCCUGCAGAGGCGCUGGUGUGUGAUCAGUGUGGAGCAACAUUCUCCUCAGAGGAUGCUCUGGAAGCCCACAGGCAAACACACACAGGGACUGACAUGGCGGUGUUCUGUCUGCUGUGUGCAAAGCGCUUCCAGACCCAGAAGGCCCUGCAGCAGCACAUGGAGGUCCACGCAGGCAUGCACAGCUACAUCUGUAGCCACUGUGAGCGCCCCUUCCCCAGCCACACUACCCUCAAAAGACACUUGCGAUCGCACACGGGCGAUCACCCGUUUGAGUGUGAAUUCUGCGGGAGCUGUUUCAGAGACGACGGCACGCUGAGGGGCCAUAAACGCAUCCACACAGGAGAGAAGCCUUAUGAGUGCAACGGCUGCGGGAAGAGGUUCAGCCUCAAACACCAGCUAGAGACACACUACCGUGUACAUACAGGUGAGAAGCCAUUUGAGUGUAAGCUGUGUCACCAACGGUCCAGAGACUACUCGGCUAUGAUCAAGCACCUGCGCACUCACAACGGAGCAUCUCCAUACCAGUGCACCAUCUGCCAGGACUUCUGCCCGAGCCUGGCCGCCAUGCAGAAGCACAUGAAGGGCCACAAACCUGAGGAGGUGCCGGCGGACUGGAGGAUAGAAAAGACUUACCUGUACGUCUGUUACGUCUGAGCAGGACUUGGACCCCGCGCACAAUCUGACACACUCACACACAGACACACACAGUUGGGUGAAAACUCCAAUACUGCUUAUUUUUAAAGCUGAAGGAUAAAAUGUUUCUUUAUGGGUUAAAAAAAAAAAAAAAAAAAAUCUGACUCUUUUUGAAUAAACUGAAAAAUGCAUUGUGGGAAGGUGUGAUUGUGGGAGAGUUUUUACCUGACAACAUGCUAGCAUUAAUACAAAUCACAAAAACACAAAACACACUAGGGCUGCCAAUAAUGAUUAAUUUCAUUAUCAAUUUGCUAAUUUUUACUAAUAAGAGAUGAAUCAUUUAGUCUAAAAAAAAAAUGUCAGAAAAUAUUGCCGUGGUAGUGAGAUCUUCAAAUAACUAGUUUUGUCCAACCAACAGGCCAGUCCAAAGAGAUGCAGGUUAUAAUGAUAUGAAACUCAAAUUCCCACAUUUUGAGGGAAGCAGUGAAUAUUUAGUAUCUUUCCCUGCAAAAAUGAGAAAAACAAUCAAUUGAUUAUGAAAAUUGAUGACAGUUUCCUGAUCACUUAACCGUUUCAGCCCAAAUACACACAAACAUACAGACAUUCUUUCUCUCUCUCUUACACACACACAGUUUUGAUAGUAACUGUAUCUCUAAUGGAUCCACUGUGGUUAAAAUCAGUGCCACAAUGGCUGCGACUCCUGACCUGUAUGUGUAGCAGGAGCCUUUUGAUUGAUUGCUAAACCAUCAGGCAACCUGAGUCAUCGUCUAUGAUUGUGCAGUAGGUGUUGAAACAAUUCCAUGAAGGCUUGACUGGCUGAACUUUGCAAGGUUUCUCUCCUAAUUUCCUGUGACUUCUCAGUUUUGUUUUGUUUUUUUCUGCUGUUGGAUUUUUAUUUUAGAGUUGUUUAUUUUCUGCAUGUUUUACUUGAAUGGCUGCCACGUUUUGACCUCAUAAGCUUGAUCUCUUUAAUUGCCUUGUCUUUCUUGCAGUGGGUGUUAUUGUUUGAGGUAACUGGCUCACAAUUUGAGUUUCUCUUGCAAUGGAAUAGGUUUUGCUAUUUAUAUGUUGUUUAUUUGUUACCAAAUAUGUACUGGUUUUCAUCACAAAGUUGGUGUCUCUCGGGAUGAUUUCUAGUAGAGCGAGCUCUACCUCUCCUCACUUUUAACCGUUUGUUUUAAACCUACUGCAAAGUAUUCAUCCAUUAGUAGUUUUAAUUUUCUAACAAAUACGUCAUAACUUAAAUGGUCAAACAGUGUGUAAAAAAAUGAGAAGAGCCUCAACAUGGCUUUUAUGUGUAGUUUUUUAUCAUUAACUAUAUAUAGAUGUCUUAUAAAAUCACAGAAUCAGAAUUUUCUAGAAGAAAAUUGAAGAAAACAUGAAAAGAAGUCGUUUUGUUUUUUUUUUACAAAACAUGAAAAAGAAAAUUCUGACAUUGAAUCACUAUGAGCAGGUUAUUGUCAGUUGUAGUGUAGCUGUAAUGUACAAACUGUCAUGGUAUGUUAUUCCCUUAUGUGAGCCUAACACAGGCCUUAUAGAUUUAAAACAUGUUGUAUUUUUGUAUUACAGUAAUUUGCUAUUUGUUUACAUUUGGUAUGAUUUGAGAAACAUCUUAAAGUGUGUGUUUUAUAAGUCUCUGAUUUGAUUAAGAUCCCUCCCUCGUGCCUCUUUUAUAAGUAGCGCAUCGAUGUGCUUGAGUACAUGGGUCUGUGCUAUCGGUAGUUGUUUCUGGGUGUUUGUUUAUUGUUACUUAAUUAAAGAUAGACUGCCAUGUAGAUCCACUUCGUCUCAACAUUGCAACUGGAAGCAACAUACUGUGAUAGUGGCUGAUACUCUGAUGCAAGUUCCAAGCAAUUUUUUGAUGUAAAAGUACACGCUUGUCUCAAAUUAUUUCCUUCAAAGUGACAAUGGACUGAGAUCUUUGGAUGAAAACUGUGUGUAUAGCACAUCUUGGCAUGUGUGGGCAUUACCAAUGCCUUCUUAAGUAGCCAACAACACUCAGUGCCAUGAAAACACACAUUCACUGUAUCUAUUCUACAUGAACAUGCACUAUAAAUGGAUUUCCUCGGUGGACCAAAAGAAAUAGAGCACUUUUGUUUGAAAAGGGUUUUUUCUUUGAUCUUUCUAUGUUGUGAUAAUGCAGAUGUCCUUUUAUUUGAUGUGUCCUAGAAGGAUGUGAUUAGCAUUGUUUAGAUUAUGUCAAUGUCUGUCUACCUCAGGGCCAGAUCAAAGCUCGACCUGGUAUCCAAUCAGGGUUGUUCUUCUUGCCAUGUGUGCAGUAAAAUCCCUCUUCAUUACAGCUUUGUAACACAGUGUGUGAAAGUGUUUUCUCAGUGUGGAUUCAGGCACAACUCUGUAUGCGUCAGUGUUCAGUGGCAUGGUUAAAAAAAGAA